UUUGUUUGAACAGUGUUCAACUCAAUUCUCUAAUUAAUAUGCCAAUAUAUAAUAAUUGGAAACCUGAAAUCAUUCUCCCAAAUUCUCAUGUAAACAGACCAACAUGAACUCCAGAGUGAAAAUUCUACUUUCUUCUUCAGGAUUUUCCCACUUCUGCUUCAUCUUUUUCUUCUUAUUUCGCAACUUCACUGCUCUAGUUACUGACGCUGAUGAAGUGAAGGCAUUGAACUCAAUAUUUCAAAAAUGGAAUACACAACCAGAGCCAGGCGCGUGGAACAUAAGUGGAAAGCCAUGCAGUGGAACUGCCACAGAUGCAAAUGCCAGCUUGGAUGACCACAAUCCUGCUAUCAAAUGUGACUGUUCCUUAGAAAAUAGUUCGACAUGCCAUAUUACUCACCUGAGGGUAUUUCAACUGGAAAAAACAGGAGAAAUCCCAGAAGAACUAGUGGCUUUGCAAUUUCUGAUACAUCUUGAAAUUAAUCAAAAUUACUUCUACGGUCCCUUGCCUGCGUUUAUUGGAAACUUAUCUCGAUUGGAGUUUUUAAGGGUUAGCCGAAAUACCCUUUCAGGGCUCCCAAAGGAACUUGGAAAACUUAAGCAGUUAACUUAUCUGGCUAUAGGCUCCAACAAUUUCUCUGGAACUCCUCCUGAAUUGGGAUUCUUAGACAAACUAGAGGAAAUAGAUGUUUCUUACAAUUAUCUAUCAAGAUCUUUUCCGAAAUGGGUGACUAAUGAUGUAACGUUGAAUCUAGUGGGCAACAACUUCACAUUUGACAUAUCGAACAUCAGUGAUUUCUAUGGAUUGAACUGUCUCCAGAGAUACUUCCCCUGCAAUAGAAAUACUCCACGCUAUUCACAUAUAGCAAUCAACUCUGGUGGCAAAAAGUUCAGAGAUUAUGAAGCCGACGACAGAGAUAUCGGUGAAACUUCUUUUGUUGUACUUAAUUCACAAAAAUGGGCAAUUAGUAAUGUGGGUUUUUUGUUUACUGAGGGAGGACAAGCAUUUAACACACUUGCUCAAAAUUCCGGAACCAAAGUAAUUAAUAGUAAAACUACACCCCCAGAUCUUUAUCAAACUUCAAGAAAAUCGAUUGGCUCACUUCGAUAUUAUGGACUUGGUCUUGAGAAUGGGCCUUACAAUGUAAGCUUGUUCUUUGCCGAAAUAGUUUAUGAAAAUCAAGACUCAAGAAAAUGGGGGAGCCUUGGAAGGCGUGUUUUCGAUAUCUAUAUCCAGGGAACUCGUCGGUGGAAGGAUUUUGACAUAUCAAAGGAAGCAGGUGGGGUUAGAAGAGCAAUUACGAAGAGCUUUAACGCUAAUGUGACUGAGAACCAUCUUGAAAUUCACCUAUUUUGGGCUGGUAAAGGGACCUGCUGCAUACCUGGAGAUGGUAGCUAUGGACCAUUAAUUUCUGCUCUUAGUGUCACUCCAGAAUUCCGACCAACUAUUGGUAUUGAACGAAAAAACCAGAUUGGGUUGAUUGUUGGUAUUGCAGUCCCUCUUUCAAUUUUGGGCUUUAUAUUGAUGGUUUUAGUUUUUUAUACGAGGAUGAAAGGAGACAAUGAUGAUGCGGAAGUGCUACUUGGAAUAGGACCUAAACUGAAAACUUUCAGUUAUGCUGAGUUGAGAUCUGCAACAAAAGACUUCAACCCUUCAAAUAAGCUAGGAGAGGGAGGAUUUGGACCUGUGUACAAGGGUGUGCUUUCUAAUGGAAGGAUAAUAGCUGUGAAGCAACUUUCACUGGGAUCCCACCAAGGGAAAAAUCAGUUUAUUAAUGAGAUCGCUUCCAUAACUGCAGUGCAACAUCGCAAUCUUGUGAAAUUGUAUGGAUGCUGUAUUGAAGGAAUUAGGCGCCUACUUGUUUAUGAAUAUCAUGAAAACAACAGCCUUGAUAAAGUAUUAUUUGGAAAUAGGAAGUUUCAUCUCAAUUGGCCUACUCGAUUUAAAAUAUGUUUGGGAACCGCAAAAGGUCUAGCAUAUCUUCACGAGGAGUCAAAACCAAAGAUUGUACAUCGAGAUGUCAAAGCAAGCAAUAUUUUACUUGAUACAGAACUCUGUCCCAAGAUAUCAGAUUUUGGAUUGGCAAAGCUGUUUGAUGAUAAGAAAACUCACAUCAGCACAGGUGUUGCAGGGACUAUUGGUUAUCUUGCACCAGAGUAUGCAAUGCGUGGGCACCUGACAUAUAAGGCUGAUGUAUUCAGUUUUGGUGUUGUUGCUUUGGAGAUUAUCAGUGGAAGAGCAAACUCUCAUACUAACUUGGAUAGGGAAAAGAUUUAUCUUCUUGAAUGGGCUUGGAGUCUUCAUGAAAGCAACCAAAGUUUGGGGCUGGUUGAUCCCACACUGAUAGAGUUCGAUGAAAAUGAAGCUCUUCGAGUAAUAGCUGUGGGUCUCUUGUGCACUCAAGCAUCAGCAAUGUCAAGGCCACCAAUGUCCCAAGUUGUGAACAUGCUUACUAGAGACAUAGAAAUUGGAGUUGUUACAUCAAAGCCAAGUUAUUUAACUGAUUGGAAUUUUAAUGAUGAAACAAGAAGCUUUAUUAUGAACAGCGGUAUUGGCACAUCUUCAUCUAUGGCAAGUUACAGCAAGAAUAAAAGCGACAAUCCAAAUGAUCUUAGCCAAGGAGUUGACCCACUAGUCUCUCCAUUAAAUGUCAACCAAUUUAGUGAUACAAUAGCAGAGGGAAGGUAAGAAAUAUCUUCACUCAUUGAAACUGAGCGAAUGAUGUAUCCGCAUGCCCUUUUCUAUUGUUGGCAGCAUUUUCAAACUCAAACUAUAGUAGACUUUUAGUGUUGGGAAGUUUUCCUUGCAGACCAAUAAUAUUAGACAAUUGAUUGGAAGACCAUCACACAAUGAGUAUAGUGAGAAAAAAACUCUGUGUUUCUUAUUGUAGUGUCGCUUCUGUAAAAUUUUAUAUGGACUUUCUGGAUAAAUUUCUAUUGUAGUAUGGUAUAUGUUGAUGGAGUUGGUGAUAACCUGUUGGAAAUGGACAAAAUUUGGCUGAAGGUUUAAAUUGUAUUUCUGGAGCCAAAGUUUUUGUAUUUGUUUUGUUAGGCUGCAGUGGUUAUGGAGCAAAUAUUAGGCCAAUCAAGUUAAGUUUUUCUGA